AAUAAAAGGAAGAGAUCAAACCAUAGAAAAGGGUGCGAGAAAAACAACCCAGAGAUUCAGGCAAUUCACGCGUCAAAGGCCAUUGCUUCUGCUUCACUGAGAAGAUGAACGGUGGCCCCUCUGGUUUUACUAAUGCUCCCAUCACAAGGACUUUUAUUAUCGCCUCAGCGCUUUUUACUAUCUUCUUUGGGAUCCAAGGUCGUUUUAACAGACUGGGAUUGUCUUAUCAGGACAUAUUUGGAAAGCUUCGCCUCUGGAAAUUGAUUGUGUCCAUAUUUGCUUUUUCAUCAACUCCAGAGUUGAUGUUUGGACUGUUUCUGCUAUACUAUUUCAGGGUCUUCGAGAGACAGAUAGGUUCCAAUAAAUAUUCAGUCUUUAUCACAUUCUCCAUAUUAAUCUCACUACUGUUUGAGGUGUUUUCUAUAGCAAUCCUAAGAGAUCCUGCAGCAAUCUUAGUCACCCCUGGACCUUAUGGUCUUAUAUUUGCUUCAUUCGUACCCUUUUUCUUUGACAUUCCAGUUUCAACACGGUUUCGUGUAGCUGGUUUCCACUUCUCUGAUAAAUCAUUCAUAUAUUUAGCUGGUGUACAGCUUCUUUUAUCAUCAUGGAAAAGGUCUCUUUUGCCAGGGAUGUGUGGCAUCCUUGCUGGUUCCUUGUACCGUUUAAAUGUCUUCUACAUACGCAAAGCAAAGUUCCCAGAGUUUAUAGCCUCCUUCUUUUCAAGGAUUUCCUUGCCAUCCAUGGGAAGUCCACGUUCAGCAUCAACAAGGAAUGUAGUGGGAAACAUGCCAUCCUAUCCUGCUCGUCAGAUGGAGAGGAACUACCCUGCUCCAGUGCAGUCUGUCCCAGUACCAUCGGAGGACUCCAUCUCUACACUUGUCUCUAUGGGCUUUGAUAGGGAUUCUGCUAGACAGGCACUGGUGCAGGCCAGGAACGAUGUUAAUGUGGCUACGAACAUCCUGCUGGAGGCACAAUCGCACCAAUAAAGUCAUGUAUUAAUGAGAGCCUAAUUGUUUUUAUAUUUACAUAUGGAAGCCACAGCAUGAGAUGAAGUCCUGGAGGGUCGCUGAUUCUAAUGUGAGGAUGGUCAUGGUUACGGUAACUUCAGACAUUUUUUGAUACCAUCCUUAACUAGGGUUCCUCUUUUCCUUUCCCCCUCUCCUGUUCAAAGUUCACUUUUGUCCCCACCUUUACUUGAAUCUUUAGAAACAUGUUUCAGGAUUGGCAUUGUUAAGUGAAUGAGAAUUAGGAACCUGUACAAAUUUCUUAUGCCAUACGGAAAACAAGCUGUGAAUUAGAUGGCUGUAGUGACAGGUUCUUGUACGCAGAUUGUUCUGGCACAUACAUGCUUAACAUGAAAAACAAUCAAGAAUGCAUCCCAUGUGUGGUCCCGGUCAAGUGCACUUUGACAUCCCCGCUUUACCCCUCCUUUUUUAUUCGUCUCUUUUAUGUUUAAAGAGAACAUUUUUGUUGCCCUGGCCAGGAGGAAGAUGUUCCUCAAUAUGAUAAUUACACUUACUGAUUCAGCUUC